AAACUAGACAGUAGAGGCAGCACUUGCCUGACAAAGAGCUCACUCUGCCGUGGCGUCUGCAAGCAGCUGCCGGGCUCCUCACCGGGCUCCCUUCCCUCUCCUCACUGGCUGAUGGAUCCCAAGGGGCUCCUCUCCUUGAACGUCCUGCUGUUUUUCUCCCUAGCUUUUGAGCUGAGCUGCAGAACAGGUGAGGGCUCAACGAAUUGCCCAGUGAUGAUCCUUGGGCGGCUGGUGCUGCUGCCCCUGACAUCUGACGGGAUAAGUAAGAGCAUGAAUAAGAGUAUUCACAUCCUUGUCACAAUGGCAGGAUCACCCAUGGACACCGUCAAGAAGAAAAUAGUGUCUCUGGAUCUGCGGAAAGGUGACUCUCCACACCAUCUGGAGAAUGGCUAUGAGUUUCAUCCAGAAAACCUGAGCCUGAGGAUCCUGAAAAGCAGGAAGGAGGAUGAGGGCUGGUACUUUAUGAGCCUGGAGGAAAACAUUUCAGUCCAGCAAUUUUGCCUGCAGCUGAAGCUCUAUGAGCAGGUCUCCACUCCGGAAAUUAAGGUGUUGAACUCCAGCCAGGAGAACGGGAACUGUAGCCUGAUGCUGGCCUGCAUGGUGGAGAAGGGGGACCAUGUAGCUUACAACUGGAGUGAGGAGGCGGGCACCCCUCUGCUGAGCCCCACCAAGAACUCCCACCUCCUGUAUCUCACCCUUGGCCCUCAGGAUGCCAACAACAUCUACAUCUGCACCGUGAGCAACCCCAUCAGCAAUGGCUCUCAGACCUUCAUCCCGUGGUCCAGAUGCAGCCUCGGUUCCUCAGAAGCAAGACAAUGGGCACUGUAUGCUGGGCUCUUCUUAGGGGUCAUCGUUGGUGUCAUCAUGAUUCUGCAAGUGGUAAUACUACUGUUGAGAAGAAGAGGUAAAACAGACAAUUACCAGCCAACAAUGGAAGCAAAAAGCCUUACUAUCUAUGCCCAAGUCCAGAAAUCAGGUUCUGUUCAGAAGAAACCUGACUCUCUGCCAGCUCAGGACCCCUGCACCACCAUUUACGUUGCUGCCACAGAGCCUGUGCCAGAGCCCGUCCAGCAAUCAAGCUCCAUCACAGUAUAUGCCAGCGUGACACUUCCAGAGAGCUGACACCACAGAUCCAGUGGAGGGACUUUCUGAAGGAAUACGGAGGAGCCAAAAUAAACACUGAACUUGGUCUCAAGUCCCAAGUUUCUUGUGACAUCUACACAUCUGUACUCUUCUUGGAUCGACUCCCUGGUGAUGUUUCUCCCACAUCUACCCGCGAAAUAGAUAAGGAAGCGAGGUUUCCCAAGCACUUAGCCUGCUAUGUGGGAGGCACAGGCUCAGAACAGAGAGCUGCUUGGAAUAGCUUUCCAUCUCUGUGGUGUAGCAGAUGAAAUGGAUAAUGCCGGUCCAGUGAGGUGUCUCGCUCUUUGCUGCAAUUGGGUAAUAAAAGCCAAAGGCAGAAAGUCAGGACAGGACAUCUAGUACCUAUCUCAGACAGCUGACCACCAGCAACAAAGUCUGGAACAGCAUACCCUUGGGCUGCCUGUCCUUGGUCUGGGAGCUGCUCCCGAUCACCAUGCAGACUUGAUCAAGGCUCUGGGCCUCAGUUUCUCUCUCUGGAUAGACAAUGAGAUUAUUGUCUCAAUGAGAUUAAUAAACACUCUGAGAUUAUGCCAUAAAAGAAGCUAAUAAAGUAUUUUAUUUGUAAAACCUGGAAGCUAAGAGUCAAUAAACUGAAAAUAUGA